AUGAAACUUUACACUGUUGCGCCAGCCCUAGCGGCUACUACCCUAUCACAGGCUAUUACAACGCCAGAAGCCGGCCAUGGUAAUCUCACAAUUGCGCUAUUUGCAGACAGCCAGGGCGACUCCUGCAAAGCCAACGACAUUAGCAACACAAUUUCCCUGACCACCAGCUCGGUGCCUGUCGUUUACACUUGCUUCAAUGUCAGUGAUAUCUUUUCACAAGGCAACAGCACGGGCUUCCAGAAUUCGACGUCCAACAUCUACGACGGCCAUGGUGAUAUUGAGCAACCCAACGGCAUCGCCUGGUUCCUGCAAAAUCAGAAUCUGUACGACGCCAAGGCCAACUAUAGCCGCGUCUGGUACUCGCAGGCCAACACGUCUGAAAUCAAAGAGGGUAAAGAUGCGCCGUGGGUCUUCUACACGUAUGCGUUCCCCAAUUGCCGACAGCUUGGCGAGGGCCACCCGGAAAAGGGUGCUGACCCGUGGUUCGAAACGAGCUGCCAGACGAAAAAGGACGGCCAGUGCAGGUCGACGCCAGGACCCGUCGUUAGCUUCGCCAUUAACCGGGCGGAUUCGUAUAAUGAAGGCCACGGGGGCUGCGAGACAUGGGCCAGGCUUGGUGCUGCGACAAGAUUCGGGCAAGGUGUUAGUGCUGCAGUGCUAAGCGUUGCCAGUGCCGCAGCGGCGUGGCUUCUGAUUUGA